AGCAGUACGAGAUUCGCCGACGAACGUGUAGUGCGCGCGCGGCGUCCCAAUAUACCCAACAUUAUAACACGAUAGAUAAAUAAUAAUAAUUUUGUGUACACGCACGGGGUACAUGUAUAUAUAUACACAAAAGCAAGAGAAACAAUUUGGAACUAUUUUAUACGUUUUAUUUUAAUAUUUUGUACAUAACAAAAAACAAGCAAAAAAAAACAACGUGUUAACGCGAUAUAUUUAUUUUGUUUUUUAUGAAUAAAUAUAUCUCGAACCGAUCAACCUAGCCCCCCACUCGUUCGGUGUCCUUGUGAGUGAUACAACAAAGUUCGAAGCAAAGAAAGAAAGAAGGAAAAAGUGUGUGGUAACAUAGUAUAAAAAAGGCAGCGUUUUUAUAUCGAUUUAUAUAUCGUCGAUCGAAAAGUGUCUCAGUGUGUGUGUGUGUUGUGUUUUAUCAGUGACGACAUCCACCCUCUCGUCGAUGAUAAAUAUAAAUAAAUAAUACGUUCAUCGCUGCUUCACUGCUACUAUACGCAUACAUAUAGCGCUGCGGCUGGGCGAUAUAUCCUCGCAGCCUAUAUACUACUACUACCUACCCCCCCUUCUCACACGCUACUGUACUACUACUGUACGCGAUCGCGAGAGGAAGGCAACACAACGCACGCAGCACGGCUCUCGCAGUUUUUUUUUGUAACUCCGGAGAAAAGAAGAAGAAUCGAUUGAUACAAGAGUGUUUUGAUAGAUUUUUUUUUGUUUUUUUUUUAUCUAUACAAUAACGUAUAUCGGAUAUCUUUUUACAAUAUACCGAUAUACGUGAGCCAAGAAGAAGAAGAAAAAGAAUAAGAUGAUAUAAUUGUGUGAUCUUUUUCAAGUUGUUAUUUGUUGUGAGUUUCAUACAAAAAAAAAGUAAAAAAAGUUGAAAAAAAAAAAAAAUUAUACACAGUGUGCAGUGCUCGUUUUGUAUACGGUGUACGAUACAAGAAGAAGAGAAAAAGUGUAGCGCAUCUAGUAGUUUCUCUCUCGUUAGCAGAAGUGCAUCAUCGCUCUCUCUCUCACCGCCGGCGAACAACCCCUUUUAGCUCAGUGUGUGCGUGUCUGUGUGUGUAUGCGUCCGUGUGCACAAGGGCGCAUAUAGUAACGCAUCAUCGUCAUCCGGUCUCCGCGUGGGUUUGCUACGUUAACGCUGGUCUAGAUGAGUGCCACUGCCUGCAUCUCCUUACGCAGCUGGGCAUUGCGCAGAAAGAGGUGGUACGGCUUCGUCGUUCGCAUUACGGAUAGCAUGAGGCCGCGUCGCGGAUAAACAUUAAUAAUAAACAAUACAAAGGAGAUAAAAACAAAUAGUGAUAAACAACGAAACGAGAGAGCGAGAGGGAGAGAAAGGAGUGGGAGAAACAAACAAACAAAAAGGACGGAAAACAAAAAAAAAUCCGCGGAAAUGCAGCGCGACAGCAUCGUGACGGCGAUCAAUCAUCAGCAUCGCCACUACCACCAUCGGCUCACGCCGCUCGAGCAGCAGCAGCCGCGUCAUCGGCUUCAAAACAGUCAUAAUCACCACUACGCAGUCAACAACAACAACAACAACAACAACAGUCACAGUCAUAGUAGUAGUAGUAGUCACAGCAGUCUGAGCAGCGGCACCGGCAGCAGCAUCAUCGGUGGCAAAGACCGUAGCAGUAGCAGUAAUAACAGUAUAACUCGAGCGAACGAUGGAGUCAGAGCAGCUGUUAUACCGGAGGAAGACGUUGUUGCACUGCAGCAACAACAACAACAACAAGAACAACAACAGCAACAACAACAAGAGCGAUAUAGACAACAGCAUCACCAGGAAGACCAUCGGUGUCUGCUGGUCGUAGACAACAGCAGCAGCAAGCUGGACGCCACGACGGGCAGCAGCUCCGGCUGCGGCGAUCUCCUGGACACGUCCUCGGCCGACGACGAGAUGGCCUCGUCCUCGUUCGCCUCGAGCACGUCCCUGGUGCUGCAGCCGAGGAGGCUCGAGUUCGACGGCUCGAUGGAUCUCAGCGACGACGAGGAGCUCAUACUGCCCAGGCCGACCGUCUGUUCAGGUCCCAUAGAAAUCAAAUCUUCAAAUCAUGAAGAAUCACAACCUAAAAUGGCCUGUAGUCCACCAUAUAAAAGGGUCAGAGCUUUGAGGCUUUUCGACUCACCGGCUACACCCAAAACCCUCAUGGAAAAGAGCACUAUGCACACACCCAUACCAACGAAAUGUUCCAGACUAUUUCACAAUACAGACAAACCAAAGCCUAUACCAUCAGGCUAUUAUAAACAUCCAGAAAAGCCUGCAGUAAAUAUAAAUCCGUUCACUCCUAAUGGAAUGCUUCUUACAGCCAGGAAAAGAACGAGGUCCAAGCGGAAUUUAAUUGGAUCACCUGACAAAAUAGUACGUAAGAUAGACUCUGAAUUAGGAGACUCAGAAGAAUCUGAGGAAUCAGAAGUAGAGCAUCCAACUAAACGAGUAGCUUUACAAGAGUCAAAUAUAUCACGCUAUUACAAAGAAUUUUUAGAACUUGAACUCCUUGGCACUGGAUCUUUUGGUUCAGUUUUCAAAUGUACGCAUAGGCUUGAUGGGUGUAAUUAUGCCAUCAAGAAAAGCAUCAAACCAGUGGCAGGUAGUGUUAACGAAAAAAAUGCCCUAAAUGAAGUGUAUGCACAUGCAGUACUAGGCAAGCAUCAGCAUGUUGUGAGGUACUAUUCAGCCUGGGCUGAGGACAAUCAUAUGAUAAUUCAAAAUGAGUAUUGUAAUGGUGGCAGUUUGGCAGAUACCAUCGCAAAACUAAGAAAAGAGAACAGAAGUUUUUCGGAAGGAGAAUUAAGACAGUUACUUUUACACAUUGCGGAGGGUCUAAGAUACAUUCACAGUCUACAGUUGGUGCACAUGGACAUAAAGCCGGGAAACAUUUUCAUAUCACGUGAAAAAAGUCAGCUGCGCGUGAAUUAUGACUCUGCCGACGACGGCUUCGAUGAAGAAGAGACUGAGGAAGAGAUAACUUAUAAAAUUGGUGAUCUGGGACACGUCACGUCAAUUAACAAUCCACAAGUCGAAGAAGGUGACUGUAGGUAUCUACCGACAGAAAUUCUACGGGAGGAUUUCACACACCUGACCAAGGCCGAUAUAUUCGCCCUGGGGUUGACUAUGUACGAAGCAGCCGGUGGUGGUCCGUUACCUAAAAACGGGCAGGAAUGGCACGACAUCAGAGAAGGAAAACUUCAAGAAUUACCACAGUACAGCCGAGAGUUCAACGAGUUGUUAAAGUUGAUGAUUCAUCCAAACCCAGAAAUGCGUCCAUCAGCUGUGAGUCUAAUGCAACACAGAGUACUCAGUCCUAAUGGCAACAAAACCAAAGCCCAAUUACGUCGUGAGUUGAACGCUGAGCGUCUAAAAAACGAAAUUCUAUCGAAACAACUCGAAGAGGCAGCAAAAUGUAUUAACACCAUAGCACCCAACAUGGUGGUCACGUUGAACGGUAAUCCAAUUGCCAUCGGUGCUCCGUUGGCAUCUUUCAACACGAGCGGUUAUAGGCUAAGGCCGACGCCCACAAGAACGUCGUCUAGAGCAAUUGGCAAAAAAGUCAAUCGCAGUAGUAGUACUACGAACUUUUAAACUUUCUUGCACCGAGAAGUUGUGCUUACCAAAACAUCAUGAAGCUCUUACCUCUGAUAACCUACCUUUAUUUUAAUACUUUUUUUUUAAACUGUAAUGUGUAGUGUUAUGUAGAUGUUGAACGAAAUUUCAAGUGAGGUGCACAGGUACCUUUUUCGACGGUGCCUAUUGUAUUGUGAUAUCGGGUUAUAUUUGUUUAGCGUAUAAGUUUAAUACUUCCUGGAAAAAAGUAAUGAAGAAUGUUGUUCUUCCUAAUAAUUUUAUUGAAAGAAAAAAACAACACUCCAGUUAUUGAUCGAGACAAAUUUAAAGUAGUUUAGGUUGGAUGUCAUGGGACAUUUGAAACCUUCUUUAUUUUUAUAGUGUUUAUAUUGUGAUCUUAAAACGAUGAACAAAAUUAAGAGAGGAGUAAUUCAGAUUUAUUACUUGUAAAGCAUGCUUUUUAUACCAAUGUAUAUGUUUGUAAAUUAUUCACAUUUUGAGAAAAUUUACGUUUUACAAGAUCGAACUAAACGUUUCUUUUCUUGACUACACAAGUAAUUAUUAUCUAAAAACGAUCCAACCUAAAUAAUAAGUCACGGCUUCUUUUCGUAGUAUGAAUGUCUCGAGCAACAAACUUGAAAUGUUUUAUGCAGAGUGAAAUUGCACACGCGUCUCCUCGAAACCCUUGUAAAUAUGUGUCCUAUGCGCUUUUUCGCAAUUUAAUCCAUUUUUUUUGCCAAUGAAAACUUUGGAGAUGAGGUAGUUUUUUUGCAUGAAUUGAAUUUAAUUCUUAAACAUUCCAAAGUAAUAUAUCAUUUACAUUUAUUUUAAAUAAUUCAUAUUAGAAGACGAUGGGAAAAUCAUUGAUUUGAUAAUUAUAGCAAUAUUUAAAAAGUACAAAAAAGAUUUCUAUAUAGAUUGUUUGUCGCGUUCUAUAUAUCGGUAUUAUUUACUUAUAAACAAUUAAAUAACUCGUGUAAAUCAAUCGCGAAAAUUAUAUUUAGAUAACAAUCAAAUUAAAUAUUAAUCAAAUAAUGAAACCAGACGACCUAGAAUCUCUGGCAUCGUAUUUAUUUAACUGCUUUAGUAAUGAUCAUGUUACUUAACUAUUAGCAGCUGUUCGAAAUAAUCAUUAAUGAAUCAACGAGUAUAUCUAUUAAAAGUAAUCAUUUAUCGUUUUACGUUUUAACGGAUUAUUGAAAAAAAAAUCACGAGUAUUUUUUCUUUUACAAAAAAACUGACUUUAGUUUUAACAAAUGAAAUGUUUUCUCGCGGUCGUUUAUUUUUUUCCUUGUCGAAGCACAAAGACCACAUGAUUUUGCAAUUUGACUCUGUAUAAGACGAAGAUUAUGGCCCAAAGCAAUGUCGCGCAGGAAUUACCAAACUAUCUUUUUAACUUAUUUUAAAUCAGUCUCCACAAAUCAUAUAAGAAAAAAACUAUGAAACUUAUUAUACGUUUAAGGUAAAAACUACUUUUUUUUAAUUACUAACAUAAUUGUGUUGUAUAGUAUACAUUACAAAAAAAAAAUAACGAAAUAUUUUUAUAUUAAUGUAUAAUGAACAUUAAGGUUUGAAAAGUCAUUUUUCUCCUAGCUUUAUAUAUAUUACGAAAUUGGCGUUACUCUUUAAAAAUUAUUUUUUUUGUCUUAGAUAUAAAUCAUUUAUCAAGAAAGCAAGGGUUGCUUUCAGAAUUAUUGUUAAAACUAUAUUAUAUGUUUCCUGUGAGAGGCACAUGAGAAAAUUAUUUUUCGUAAUCGUGCUUCGUGUUUUUAAACUAUAAGUUAUGAAUAAUAUAAUAACGAAAAAUCAACUGGUUUGUACAGACUCGAUUUAGCAUUGGUUCAUUCAAGAUUGACGGAAGGUUGUUAGGUUUUAUAUUCUUAUUAGGUUUUUCAUAUUUCAACUCUAUAUCUAGAAUCAAAUAAUCUUGGACGAAUCGAAAGAGUCUUAUUUCGCAUUUGUAUGAACCGAUUUAUUAGAUGCAAAAAAAGUUUAAUGAAUUUUUACGUUGCUGCUUUUUUUGCUUAUUUUUUACAAUUUUGUAUUAUAAACAGUUUUAGUCUAAGUAGAUGUAACACAUUUUCAACAUUAUAUAUAAAAAAAAAAUCUUUAUUCGAACAAAUAUUCAUCCAAUACUCUAACAGUAUGGAUGAAAUGAAGCGUAUGACGUAUAUGUGAUGACUUAUGUGGGAUUUAUAUUGUAAUAAGUAAUGAAAUAUGCUGAUCAAAUAGUUUAAAAUGCAACGAUAUGUAAAAUAUUUUUUAAAAUAAUGAAUUGUCAAAAAUUGCUCACGCGAGACAAAUAGAUCUCUGAAAUAAAAAAAAAGAUAUUUAUUGUGAAAUAUCUGUAGCUCAGAGAAAUCAAAUAGAGAAAUUUAGAUAGCUUUGUUUUUGGUUUAAAAUAAAUCCAAUAUAUUUUGUCAAU